AUGUCGGAAACAACUUCUCAAGAUCCCGGCCUCAGUCGCUCGAGAGCAGAAAUCACUUUGAAAGUAACUUCCGCCAUUCUGCUUUGCCUCGCUGCCUUACUCGGUAAUGUGCUGGUUGUUUAUGUUAUCAAUAAAUACUCCGAGAUGCAAACCAUCACCAACAUUUUCAUCCAAAAUCUUGCGCUGACUGAUAUCCUCAUGGCGACCCUUACUAUGCCACUCUGGGUAGCAAGCUUAUACACGGGGACGUGGAAUAUGAGCCAUGAAUGGUGUGAGGUUACCGCAAUAGUACAGGUUACCAUGGCUUUUGCCUCCGUGUUAAAUAUGGGCUUGAUUGCCUUGAACAGAUACAUAAAAGUCGUCAGGCGAGCCUUGUACAGUAAGUUCUUCCCCAGCAAAAGAGUCGCUUGGUUGUACUGUGGUGUCGUCUGGUUGCUUUCUGUCAUAUUGGCCACACCUCCGUUAUAUGGAUGGGGGAAACUGGAGUUCGACUCAGAUUUCUUUGCUUGCACCUUCGACUGGAAGGAAGGACACUUUUCUUACGUCCUAGUAAUCAUGGGCGGGUUCUUUAACGUGUUAACAUCUGUGAUAUUUUACUGCUAUUGGAAAAUUUACCGAAAAGUGAAAGAAAGCGUAGAUAAUGUCAACGCCAGUCUCGCGUUAAAUGGCGUCGGUGCUCCAACGCCUCGUCAUGCCGACAUUAAAGUCUUGAAGAGUUGUUUCACGGUGGUUUGUGUCUUUUUAUUCACCUGGGCUUUUCCAAGCAUAACCACAAUUUUAACAGCUGCUGGAGAUUACGCUCCCCCUGAAGCGUCUAAGGUAGCUCCGUAUUUCGUUUACUCUAGUUGUCUGGUAAAUCCAAUCAUCUAUGGGAUUAUGAAUCCGCAGUUUAAAGAUGUCUUUAAAAAGGUCUUCAGAUGUGGUUCUUAUGGUAACGAUAAUUCAGAUCAGAGUCAUGCAAGAUCAUUCAAUUUAGAUCAGAGUCGUGUAGCGGUUAUCAUACAUCCUAGGAGCAAUGAAACUCGUUGA